AUGUUGCACAGAUUGGAGAAAUUUGUUGGAAAUUUACAAAACGUGUCUGUUUCCCAGUUUCCAGAUCCCAGUUUCUGCUAGUCUUUUGAACUUUUAAAUAAAGUGGAGACUUAAAUUUCGAGAUUGUUUUGGCUGUGCUCGGUGCACUGUGCGUCAUUUGAAUUAAAUUAUUCGCCAAAUUCACGACAGCAAAUGUCCGAUAACAAGGAAAACUUGUCAGGGUUCUUCCUUGCUGCACUGCAGAAGCGCGAUCCCUCCGCUACGCAGGUUGUCUAUUCCGCCAAGGAGGUGAAAUUGUACAGAUUCGAUACGGAGAAGAACAAAUGGAAUCCGACAGACUGUGAAGGAACUCUUCUUUUUUACCGCAGAGCGGACAGCGCACAAUUUGGCCUACUGCUCUUGGCCCGCGAGUCCGUGGAGUGCUGGAGUCAGAAGUUUGACGUGAACGUGGAACUGCAGUCGCGCAUCCCGUUCCUGUUAUACCGCAGUCAGGACGAAGUAGAAGGGCAGAAGAUUGAGGGUCUGUGGUUCCCGGAGCGCAGUCAGUGCGAGGAGAUGCACAAACGCAUCCAGACGACGACGGCGGCCAGUCAGAAGGCCGGCGUGUCCUACGCCGCCAUGGUGUCGCAGGGCCCCCCGGGCGCCCCUGAGGCCCCGAAGCCCCUGAAGGUGGUGAAUAAACUGGAGGCUUGUCCGCACUGUGGCAAGACCAACCACACCGCGGAUCGCUGCUGGAAGGUGUACGGAAAGCCGGGCAAGGGUCCGGAGGCCGUUAUGGGCGGGAAGAAACCCGUGGGAGGACCGAAACGCGCAGAGUUCAACCGUCAGACUUCGCAUCCCGUGGAGUCGGCGCCGCCGUUGAGCGACCCGGCCGUCUUAUCCACCUCCUCCUCAUCCUCCUCCUCACAGCGCACCGCCAUCCCCGUGGGACCCCUGCACCGGCAGGUGUCGCCGUUGCCGCCGCUAAAACUCAACCAUCUCCUACCUUCUCCCACGGUCGGUCCGCACGUGCCGCCCCUCUCCGCUCCCAUCCACCAUUCCUCCUCGUCGCCGCAGAUCGAUUUCCAAGCGUCGGAUCAUCUUAAGCAGUUUCUGCGGCUGAAUAAGGCCCCGGUGGUGGCGGAAGUGUCGCCGGUGAAGAAUAACGGGGCCCCGCCGGGCGUGUUGGAUGUGAGUAUGAACAGUGUGGGGAGUCAGGGACGGGACUCGUUGGGCGAUUCGGAGGAUACUCGGUUUGCGCGGAUGCUGACGGAGAAGCUGAAUAAUAUCGACGGGGGGAAGCUGGUCAAUGGGCGCGGUGGCGCGGAGAUGGGCGGCGGGAAGCCGUUUGAUUUCAGUCGCAGCGCGGUGAAGGAGUCGCUGCUGGUGGCGCCCGGUGUCUUUGAAGUUGUAGGAUCCGGCGCCGAUCUGCGUCCCCCGGAUGAUUUCGAGCAUAACGGCCGGCAGGCGCUGCUGCUGCCGUCGGCGAUGGAGGACUUGAAAUCCGCUGGCAAACCGGUGGAACGCGGUGGCAGUGGCCCGUUGAAGAACGGAUUGGUGGGCGUGAAUCCGCUGAGUAAGGAGCAGCUGCUGCAGGCCAUGGAGUGGCUGCUGCGCAAUGAUCGCGACUUCGUGAUGAAGAUCCAUGAGGCCUACGUCCGCAGCCUGAUGGAUAACCUCAAGUUGUGAUUGGCACGCACAAAACAGAGAAAAUGUGGAAGAGUGUCGUAGGGUUUUAGUUUUUCACUUUUCUGUUCAAACAGAGCGCUUUUAACGUGCAGUGAAGUAUGUACAUAGUAGGGUAAAAUAGGUGUGGCGGUCGUUUGAUCUCUCGUGGUUGUCGGCGCCGAUUUCACCGUUUUGUUUAUACGAAUAUGUGUUUAGCAUGUAGCGUGUCUUUUCGUGGAAUAGAUUGGUAAAAUUGUAGUAGAAAAUUUCGCGGUUUUAGUUGUGUUUUCUCUCCUUUUUCCGGGCGGAUUGUAUUUUUUUCUUUGUUUGAUUCGAUUCUGCGUUCUCCGGGCGGAUGGCUUGGCUGUUUUGUUUGGGCUUUAUGUGACGCGCGCGCGCUGAUGAGACUGCCGAAUGCCGGGAAGAGUUUUUGUUGUCCUUCUGUUAUUUUUUAUGUCUUGAAAAUUGGUUGGAAAAAAAAUUUGGGGCUGGGCCCUGA